AUGUUUUGCUCAGGGAUUGAAAGUCAGCCUCGGACUCGAACAUCAGACUUGUCAUUCUUCUUCUGUUCAACAGCAACAAAUGCAGUGAGAACUCCCACCAUGCAUUCCCUAUGGCAGAUUUCUGAAUUGCUUGUUCACAUCGUCUCUUUCCUGUCGGCAGACGAUAUCCAGGGCGCAUUUCGCAUCUCCCACCACUUCAGAACCACUCUCAAAGCCAAUCUACCACCACAACUCCGUCCUCUACCUGACGGUCGUCGUAGAUACCAAUCCACUAGCCGAGUGUCACCACAAGAAGUACGCAACAAAGCCAAAGCCUACGUGUCCCAGGAAACCGCCACACCCAAACAACUAAAGAUCGAAGACACCUACUACUAUUGGCGUGAAAGCGCGCGAAGCCAAGUUCUCGACAUCCUCUCACCUUGCCUACACCCCAUACUCUCGAGGCACGUCACUCGUCUGAUCGAUGGCUAUGAAUCCUUGGCCGAAGGUGGAAUGAGCAUAUGUCUCCAGACUGACAACUCAUACCACAGUCUGUACGAACUCGUGCACGGCAAGCAUCGAAGAGAUCGCAACGGUCUUUUGGCUGUCGUGCCGCCCAAGUCGGUGACAGUAUAUUGCUUGGCCGGUGCCAGUUGGGAUUUGUUGUAUUCCAACGUCAGGUACAGGUCAUAUGGCGGUGUGGAUCGGUUUUCUGUUACAGUGGAGAGGGAGGAUGGUGUGAGAUUGGGCGAUAUUCUGGAUGAGCUGAGGGGGGCGCUCAUUGUGGAUGGCAGGAGUGGAGGAUUAGGAGAGGACAUCUUGCUUGUUUGGGUUCUAGAUAGUAGCUGUGAGUGUGCCAGACUGCAUGCUUGUUGA